GUCCCUCCUGAACCCAAAACACAACAUGAUGUCAUGUGCUGGUGCAGGCUCAUCCUCGCAGCUCACUCCGCGCGCUGAUGUUGUCUGAGAUAGUUUUCAUUUAGUUGAAUUAUAAUUUUUUUUCCCCCUUCUUCUUUCUUGAACUUGUUUUGCAAACGGAGGCAUCAGGGAGAAUCGCUUGUAAUUCAGACCGCAGUGGUUGCUGGAAGAAGAAGUUUUUUUUGUUUUGUUUUUCAUCAGAUAUAAAAUCUCCUUUGGUGACUCCUGAGGGGAAGGGGAGAGAAAGAAAAAAAGCAGUCUCAACUGCUGGAUCAAAGAAAGUGAUCAAUUUCUGUAACGAGACUGAGUAAGGACGAGAAGAGCAGUCAUGCUGGGCGGUGAGGGAGAAAGCAACACCUUCUCCUCUACGAAAGAAGCAGCAGACGAUAGGUGCAAGUCUCCGGCUGUGGAUGGGGACGACCCGGCGGCAGGCAGCAGGUACGCAGAGCACGGGAUGGGUGCUGACCGGUACUACAUCCCCCCCACGGUCAGCAAGCAGAGCCCAGAGACAGCGAGCCCCUGCUCCUUCAUCCCUUAUAACCCCGGUGGGGCGGUGUACACCCCGGCCGGCGCCGGCAGGUACCCCUCAUCUCUCCACCUGAGCUCCGUGCUGCCUCCCGCGGGAUUCUCCCCCUCCGCCGCCGGCCGCAGUCACUUCAGCUCGGCGUACCAGCUGGGCCAGAGCCCCGGCUGCAUCUACCCGCCCUACACCGGCUCUGGGUCGGCGCUCGGGAACAUCUCCCUCCCCACCGGCGGCCCGGGGAUGAGGGCCCAGGUCUACCUCUGCAACCGGCCGCUGUGGCUCAAGUUCCACCGGCACCAGACCGAGAUGAUCAUCACCAAGCAGGGCAGACGGAUGUUCCCCUUCCUCAGCUUUAACAUCGCCGGUCUCAACCUGACGGCGCACUACAACGUGUUUGUGGAGGUGGUGCUGGCCGAUCCAAACCACUGGAGAUUUCAAGGAGGCAAGUGGGUCACCUGCGGGAAGGCGGACAACAGCAGCCAAGGAAAUAAAGUGUACAUCCACCCGGAGUCUCCGAACACGGGGGCCCACUGGAUGAGACAAGAGAUCUCCUUCAGCAAAUUGAAACUCACCAACAACAAAGGCACCAGCCACAGUACUUCACAGAUGGUUGUCCUGCAGUCGCUGCACAAGUACCAGCCGAGGCUGCACAUCGUGGAGGUGACGGAGGAUGGGGUGGAGGACAUUGGCAAUGACCUAAAGACUCAGAGCUUUAACUUUCCAGAGACCCAGUUCAUAGCUGUCACUGCCUACCAGAACACUGAUAUCACGCAGCUGAAAAUCGACCACAACCCUUUUGCCAAAGGCUUCAGAGACAAUUAUGAUUCGAUGUACACAGCUCCAGAGCAUGACCGCCUCACCCCGUCUCCCACCGACUCUCCCCGGACCCACCAGAUCGUCCCCAGCGCCCGCUACACCAUGCAGCCCCUCUUCCAGGACCAAUUUGUCAACAACCUCCCCCAGAAUCGCUUCUACAACAGCGAGCGAGCAGUGCCGCAGACUAACAGCCUCCUCUCACCUCAGGCAGAAGACGGAGCUUCACAGAGGUGGUUUGUCACCUCCAUGCAGCAAGGGGGAAACGGCACUAGCACCAGCAACAAGCUCGAUCUCACACCCUAUGAGGGGGACUACUCGAGCUCCCUGCUGCCUUAUGGCAUCAAAUCCCUUUCGAUGCAAACAUCUCAUGCUCUCAGCUACUACCCAGACUCUCCUUUCACCACCAUGUCUGCAGGGUGGGGGUCCAGAGCAGCGUAUCAGAGAAAGGUUACCCCCAGCUUGCCUUGGUCUCCCAGGCCCAGUCCCACUGCUGGUUUCCCAGAAAACUCAAACAAAGUCAAACCACAGAUAGAAGAGGAGGUGAACGGCGGCGGAGGCCUGAUCUCCUCCUGGACAGAGGCCCAGCCAUCAGCCCUGUCUCUAGAGAAGGCUGAUUCUUAUUCCACGGCCUGCAAACGAAGGCGCUUGUCUCUUAACGGUCCCAGCACAGAGGACUCACCUGCUGACAUCAAAUGUGAGGACUUGGCCUCGGCUGCCACCAACGGUAGCCCAUAUAGCAAAGAAGCCCCCUCAUCCAAAGGCAUGGCAGCUUACUAUUCCUUUUACACAAACCACUGAAUGUGUUCUCUCGCCACUGUUUUGUAACUCAUUUUGACCCUUUGGUUGUUUUCAUCUACAACUGUGAACGAGACAUAUUAUUUAGCUUUUUGUUAUUGUGUGCACACCCAGAAUUUGUCUUGGUGGUGAUAAAUGUUCUCCCUCCUUUGUUUUUGUUUUUUUUUUUGUUGCUGACACAGGACACUUCAAGGACACAUUAAAAUAAUGACAUCAAGUCAUGGGGCAUGUGACACACAAUACGCAUUAUCAGCCUGAGACUUUGACUUAUUCCAUCUGAUGGACUAUUUAUUGUUUGAACACCCCGUUUAUGUAUCUCUGUAUUUUGAAUUUUGAAAGUGCCAAAGCAUUUGUUUAAAUUGCCCCAUUUCUUUGAACAGCUCUAUGUAUGUGUCAAGUGCAUACAUUGCUGUACAGCCUCCACACUGAGGUUAUGUGUUUACAGAUUAUUUAUUGUUGAUAUUACAUUCGUGCACUCAUAAAUGCGUGAUCAUUUGCUGUAAAUACCUUCAUGGCGAUGUUCAGAUAUUUGAUAAUAAAAGGCAUUAUGUGUUCUA